AUGCCCGCCCUCCUCGAAGACCCCCUCACCACCCUCCCCGCGCCGACCGCCGCGAAAACCGCCGCGCCCACCCUGACCCCCAAAAAGGCCAUCCUCAAAGACGCCACGCCCGUCACCCUGUACCCCAUCGCGGGGGGGCCGUCCACCGUCCCCGAUUCGCUGAUAGCGUACCUGCAUAAGGAAUUCAGCGCCGAGAUCGUCCGCGGCAGCACGUACCCGAUGGAGGAGCCGAUGACGCUGGAGCACUACCGGAAUUAUUGGUUCGGCACGUUUGCGGUCGUUGCGUUGGUUGACGAGGACACUGAUGGGCAAGGCGAAGGGGAAGGCCGGGGCCUGGUGGAGGGCCGGGAUUGGGAGCGCGUGUGUUUGGGGACGUUUUAUGUGAAGCCGAAUUAUCCGGGUCGGUGCUCGCAUGUCUGUAACGCCGGGUUCUUUACGACUCCGGCGGCUCGAGGGCGCGGCGUGGGGAUGGUGAUGGGCCGGACUUAUUUGGAGGUUGCGCCGGUGUUGGGCUACAAAUACUCCGUCUUCAACCUCGUCUUCGCCAACAACACCGCCUCCGUCAAGAUCUGGGAGAAGCUGGGCUUCCAGGUCAUCGGCCGCGUGCCCCGCGCCGCGCGCCUGGCUAACAGCGAGGAAUUGGUCGAUGCGUUGAUCAUUGGCCGGGAUCUGGUUUAA